AUGUUGAACAACAUGAAGGGGGUCUGUGGCGUACCUGAACUCAUUGAACACUGGCUCAUCGAGAUCGCACCUGGGGAGGUUGACAAAACAGAGAAGUAUCGCUAUACAACAAUGGAGAGUAUAGCAGGUACCUUCCGCACUCAUGUCCGGCUAGUUUUGAAGCCCUGUGUGCGACCAUUGCAUAUGUUUCGCACAAAGGCAGAGUUAGUGAGUGCGAUCCGGGAUAUUGUUAUCAUUCAAAAGACAGCGGUUGAAGAGCGAGGUAUUCUGCAUCGAGAUUGCAGCCUUAACAACACUAUGAUCGAAGACGAUGGCAAUGGCUCCCAUGGCACGUUGAUAGACUGGGAAUUUGCUGUGCAUAUUCUUCAGGGCAAUCGCUACCCUAUUGGUGGUACGGGCACAGUACUGUUCAUGUCGCAGAAGCUUCUUCACCAGCUCUCGGAUGCCAUUCCUGUGACAUCUGCACAGAAGAGAACUCGAAAGAAAGCUUCACGUUCGAGACCACAACUGACUAAAUUCAUCAGACAUACUUUUGCUGAUGAUCUCGAGUCACUCUUUUACGUCUUCGCCUGGAUCUGCAUCGAAUUCAGGGGUCCCCUCGGGAUGAAACGGGUUCUCAAGCCAAGGGACCAUAGAUCCGAAUGGCUACCACGCGCAUGGUCCACUAACUCUCAUGCGGAGUGUGACAAAGCCAAGACAGGGUUCUUUUUCCACUUGGAGGAUUUGCAGAAGCUCGAAACACAAAUUCAUCCCUACUUCAAGAAUCUCGUUCCACUCGCGAAGGAAUGGUAUGGGCUGAUGAGGAACAAUGACAACCCGGAUUCAGUACCCUUUGAUGCUGUGCUCAAGAUGUUGGAUAGGCAUCAUGCAGAGCUUCCAAAGGACGAACCAUCUCCUGAGUUGUUAUUUGCCAGAACAAUCCUCAAGCGAAAACAGCCAACUGGAGAUGCUUCUGAUCCCGCACGUGCAGUAGAUCUAGGAGUUACUGAGUUACCUGAUGACAUGACCAGACACAUGAAGCCAGCUGGAGGCAACAUGACGAUGGAAGCUGCAGUGCCCAUCAGGCCGUCAAAGCGGAACAAGACUCGAUCUACAUGA